UCCGCCCCUUCAGGUGCGGGAAGUCUGAAGCCGGCAAACAUGGCGGUCUCCCACUGCCUAAGCCGGGCUGCGACUGCCUUUACAGCGGUGUUGCUCUUUUCCUUCGGCAGCGUGGCCGCUAGUCAUAUCGAGGAUCAAGCAGAACAAUUCUUUAGAAGCGGCCAUACAAACAACUGGGCUGUUCUGGUGUGUACAUCCCGAUUCUGGUUUAAUUAUCGACAUGUUGCAAAUACUCUUUCUGUUUAUAGAAGUGUCAAGAGGCUAGGUAUUCCUGACAGUCACAUUGUCCUAAUGCUUGCAGAUGAUAUGGCCUGUAAUCCUAGAAAUCCCAAACCAGCUACAGUGUUUAGUCACAAGAACAUGGAACUAAAUGUGUAUGGAGAUGAUGUGGAAGUGGAUUAUAGAAGUUAUGAGGUAACUGUGGAGAAUUUUUUAAGGGUAUUAACUGGGAGGAUCCCACCUAGUACUCCUCGGUCGAAACGUCUUCUUUCUGAUGAUAGAAGCAAUAUUCUAAUUUAUAUGACAGGACAUGGUGGAAAUGGUUUCUUAAAAUUUCAAGAUUCUGAAGAAAUUACCAACAUAGAACUUGCAGAUGCUUUUGAACAAAUGUGGCAGAAAAGACGCUACAAUGAGCUACUGUUUAUUAUUGAUACUUGCCAAGGAGCAUCCAUGUAUGAGCGAUUUUAUUCUCCUAACAUAAUGGCUCUAGCUAGUAGCCAAGUGGGAGAAGAUUCACUCUCGCAUCAGCCUGAUCCUGCAAUUGGAGUCCAUCUUAUGGAUAGAUACACAUUUUAUGUCUUGGAAUUUUUGGAAGAAAUUAACCCAGCUAGCCAAACUAACAUGAAUGACCUUUUUCAGGUGUGUCCCAAAAGUCUGUGUGUGUCUACUCCUGGACAUCGGACUGAUCUUUUUCAGAGGGAUCCUAAAAAUGUACUGAUAACUGAUUUCUUUGGAAGUGUACGGAAAGUGGAAAUUACAACAGAGACUAUUAAUUUGCAACAGGAUUCAGAAAUCAUGGAAAGCAGCUAUAAGGAAGACCAGAUGGGUGAGGAACUAAUGGAACCUCUGAAAUAUGCUGAACAACUUCCUGUAGCUCAGAUAAUACACCAGAAACCAAAGCUGAAAGAUUGGCAUCCUCCUGGGGGCUUCAUUCUGGGACUAUGGGCACUUAUUAUCAUGGUUUUCUUCAAAACUUACGGAAUCAAACAUAUGAAGUUCAUUUUUUAGACUUGAUCAUAUAUGAAGAAUGCAUGAAAGACUGCAACCUUGGAUAAUAAUUUAUGUCAUUAUAUAUUUUUAAAAAUGUGUUGCUCUUAUGUGAAUUGGAAAUAAGCAUAAGAAAACCAAAUUUGAAUCAACUUUCAUAACUUAAAAAUAAUUCUUAAUGCAAUUGCUUAAUGGCAUUAAAUAUAUUCUAGUUUUAUAUUUUGCAUAUUAUAAAAGCAAAUGGGACAAAAGAUCAGAAUACAUUGAUUGUUUUUGAAAAUAAUAAUUUCCCCUAAUCCCCUUUUCAUUUAGAAAAGAAAAAAUUGUGCAAACAUUAAAUUCUCACAGAGGUAACUUCAGUUAAUUAUUUUCUAUAUGUCCUCUCAAUCUUUUGACUUAUGCACUUAUUUUUUUUUCCAAUAUGGAGAUCAUAUAGAAUAUACUACUUUAUAAUCUCUUUUUUUCAUUUUACAAUAAGAGAAAAAAACCUUUCCCUCUCAAAAAUACAUUGUGAAUGACUGCAUAGUAUCCACUGUAUGAAUGUUUAAUUCAUUUCACAGUCUUCUAUUGUUUGACCACUUACAUUGUUCCAAAUGUUUUCCUUUGUUUUAUUCUUUACUGUAUUAAUAUUUUGCCGUCAGUCACUCAUGGAAUCCUGUGGCUUUAAUUAAAAGCAAAGAUGAAAAAUUCUUUUUUAAAUUUAUGUCACUGACAAUCUCCAGGACCUUAUUUGUUGUCAGUUUAUUUGGGAAAUUGUAGACCUUUUGUAAUUUUAUGUAUUGACUGCUCAAGAGAAACAUACCCCAUUGUUUUUCAUUUCUAAGCAUUCUGUGAUCUUACAGAAUUGGUCACCUACUCUUCAUUUUCCAUCUUUAAAGAGAGAGCCAACAAGGACUUUAUUUCAUUCUGUUUAAGGCAAACCUUGCCUACUGGCUCUAUCUAUACUUUCCCUGAGAAAAAUCCCUUAAAGUGGAUGACCUGUGAAGAAAAUAUAUGCUUAUGGCCUAGCUGUCAUGUCUGGCUGAUGUAUCUCAUAAGGCAGUAAGCCCCUUUUCUGGUCUCUGAUAAGAUGCCAGAGCUUAUAUCCCCAUCACUGACAUUUUAGCUUGGAAAUAAUAUUGAGACUGUGCUGUGAUCAACCCCUGAUAUUGUUUUUUCUUUUAAAACUUCUGCAUAUGAGUGGAGGAAAAGCCUAAAAAUUCAGUAUUUAUGUCUGGGGAGAUACCUUCCCCGUUUUAUCUCUUUUAUCCAGGAACUUAAUGUGUUUAUCUUUAUUCAAUGCAAAGAUCUGUUGUAUAAUUUUGUUUAUAAUUAUAGGUAACAUUAAGAAGACAACCCGUCCUCCACAAGAAAACCCCUAAAAUUAAUAUUCCUUAAGAUUUGUUUUCCCUUUUGCAUUUAAAGUAUUACCUUUUAAUUGCAUGCAAGAUUGUCAUACUUUUCACAGGUAAAGGAUUGGCUGUGUUAUCUUCCUAGUUAGAAAAAAUGAUAUUGAGGCUUUUUGCUAGCUCUGAAUCUUUGUUUUAAUUGAUCUUUUUAUUGGUGUCUUAUAUAAAUGAGGAAGGGAUAUUUUGUUUGAUUAUAUGAAGGAUCUUUUUAUACAUGAAAAGAAGGGAAAAUCAACUUGCAAUUGAAUAGA